UCCGCCCGCCGGAGGCCGAACCUGGCUGAGGAGAAACCAGUGGGACCCAGGCCCGCGGCGCCGAGGCCCUGAGCAGAAACGGUAGGGUGCGCCCCACCCGGCGGCCAGGCGGAGCCACAGAUGCCGGCCUCGGCCGCGCCGCCCCGCCCGGGUCCCGGGCCGCCUCCGGGCUCGCAUUUCCCGCUGCUGCUGUUGGCGGUGCUGAGCGGCCCGGUGUGCGGUCUGGUUCCCCGCUGGGUGCCCAGGACCUCGCUUCCCGUCUCCGAGGCUGACACUUACCUUACUCGGUUCAGUGUCCCUCAGACGUACAAUUACUCUGUUCUCCUUGUGGAUCCUGCUUCCCAUACACUUUAUGUCGGUACCCGGGACACCAUCUUCGCUUUAUCUCUGCCCUUCUCAGCAGAGAGACCUCGAAGGGUGAGUGAUGAAAGUGGGGAAGACCCCAGAGCGUGUGAUUAGAUCUAUGGUUUUAUG